GUACAGCCCACUUCUUGGAAGUCUACAGGUGACUACAGGAAUUCGACUCGUCUCUUGUCAACUAGACGGCCAUCUACAUCAUCUCACCAAUGGAAAGCGUUGGGUUCGUGCCAGAGCCCAGCUGCGGCCGGGGCACGGUCAGCAUCAUCUGGAGCUGCUUAGCAACGAUGUUCUUCGUGGUGUGGACAGUGCUGCACAUGGACUAUCGUGAAAGCCCGUCGAAGUUGAUCUGGGGCGCCUCCACGUUCUUCAUGCCAGAGGCCAUGCCAGCCGCGGCAAUACAACAACUGAUCCUCUCGCGGCGGCUGCAACGGCAGCUCCACAAGAUGGGUGGCUGGGACUCGUGGGCACUGGAGCAAUCGUUCCUAGUGAUCAAGAACGGCGUCAAAGACAGGAGCAGCGGGGAGAUCGUGACGGCGGACAGGUUGAUCCAGCUUGCCGCGCGUGAGCAGCACAAGUCCAAGCACGGCGACGGCGAAGGCGACGGGGUGGGCAUCCACAUGGGCAUGUUGCCGCAGAAAGACGACAUGGACAAGAGGAGCAAGAAGGGCUGGUUCGAGAAGACGAUCGCGGGCGGGCAGGCGCUCUGGUUCAGCGCAAACGUGGUAUCGCGGCUGGCAGGCGGGUACCAAGUGACGCUGCUGGAGGACCUGACACUGGCGUACGCGUGCUGCGGGCUCAUGGCCAUGGUGGCCUGGUUCCGCUGCCCGCAGGACAUCCAGGAUCCCUUCGAGGUGGACGUGGCGGGGCUGAGGGCACUGGUUGAAGAAGAGGAAGGCGGCACGAGGAGUCCCCCUGGGCUGCGGGUCGUGGGCAACAGGUGCUUGUCGUGGCUGGUGAUGGUGAGCCUGUCGAUGGUGACGGCGGUGCAUCUUGGGGCGUGGCAGUACCCGUUCCCCACUGCGGCGGAGGCAUGGGUGUGGAGGACCUGCGCGCUGGUGAAGCUGCCCGUUGGCCUUGUGCUGUUGUGCUUUAGACAUCAUAGCAGGAUUGUCUGGCUGGUGUCCAUCUCGGUCUUUGUUGUCGCCCGGGUUGCCUUGUGGGCGGUGGCAUUUGCUGCAUUUCGAAAGAUGCCAGCCUCAGCGUUCGACUCGCCGAGUUGGUGUGACUAUUGGGGGCAUGUUGGGAGGUGAGGGUGUAGUAGUCAGCCGUCUGCAGGCAUGUGACGAUGUGGUGUAUGAG